AUGUUGUCUACCCUCAGAGUCGCCAGCCGUAAGGCUGCUUCGCGUGACGCUAACUUGCGCACCGUCGUCGUUGGUGCCAGACAUGCCUCGGCCUGGUCCAACGUCCCUCAGGGAUGCUAUCCUUGGUAUCACCGAGCUUUCAAGGCCGACUCGUUCAAGGAGAAGAUCAACCUGGGUGUUGGCGCUUACCGUGAUGACAAGGGCAAGCCGUACGUUCUGCCCUCCGUUCGUGCCGCAGAGGACAAGGUUGUCGCCUCCCGCUUUGACAAGGAGUACGCUGGUAUCACCGGUGUCCCUUCCUUCACCAAGGCCGCUGCAGAGCUGGCCUAUGGCAAGGACUCCUCUGCCAUUAAGGAGGACCGCCUCGUCAUCACCCAGUCCAUCUCUGGUACCGGUGCCCUGAGAAUCGGUGGUGCUUUCCUGCAGCGCUUCUAUCCCCAUGCGAAGAAGAUCUACCUCCCUAACCCUAGCUGGGCCAACCAUAACGCUGUCUUCAAGGACUCCGGUUUGGAGGUUGAGAAGUACCGCUACUACAACAAGGACACCAUUGGUCUCGACUUCGAGGGUCUGAUUGCCGACAUCAAGGCCGCCCCUGAGAACAGCAUCAUCCUUCUCCACGCUUGCGCCCACAACCCCACCGGUGUCGACCCAACCCAGGAGCAAUGGCGCCAGAUCAGCGAUGUGAUGAAGCAAAAGGGCCACUUUGCCUUCUUCGAUAUGGCCUACCAGGGCUUCGCUAGCGGCAAUGCUGACAAGGAUGCUUUUGCCCCCCGGCAUUUCGUGAGCGAGGGCCACAACAUUGCCCUCUGCCAGAGUUUCGCCAAGAACAUGGGUCUCUAUGGUGAGCGUGUCGGUGCUUUCUCCCUUGUUUGUGAGAACACCGAAGAGAAGAAGCGUGUGGAUUCUCAGGUUAAGAUUCUCAUCCGCCCCUUCUACUCGAACCCUCCUAUCCACGGUGCCCGUGUUGCCUCCACCAUCAUGAACGACCCAGAGCUCAACCAGCAGUGGCUGGGAGAGGUCAAGGGCAUGGCCGACCGCAUCAUUGAGAUGCGCUCCCUGCUCAGGAAGAACCUGGAGGACCUGGGCAGCAAGCACGACUGGUCCCACAUCACCAGCCAGAUUGGUAUGUUCGCUUACACUGGUCUCAAGCCCGAGCAGAUGGAUGCUCUUGCCAAGGAGCACUCCGUCUACGCCACCAAGGAUGGCCGUAUCUCCGUUGCCGGUAUCACCUCUGACAAUGUCAAGAGACUUGCCGAGUCUAUCUUCAAGGUGACUGGUUAG